GCGGACAACAAGGAGCCAGUGGUGAGUCAGGCGCUGGCUGUUCUCAAGCACUACUGGACACAGACAAUCAAGGACGACAAAUCCGUGACCCUUUCUCUGCUGGCCGAGCACGUACGCUACUGCCGCAUGCCGGCAUGCUGGUUCGACAAGAAGGCGGGCAAGAAGGAGGCGGACACUUACGAACUACAACUCAUGAUGAGUCCAUACAUUCAGAGUCAAGUGGUCACGAUCGAUGGCAUGCCGCUGAUGACCGUCCACGCGGCGUUGCAGGUGUACAUUCGUCAGGAGAACGGCAAGAUCAAAGCAGGAGCGGCUCCCGAGGGGGCCUUGGAGAGGGACGCAGAGCGGCUGCUGGCGAAGUUCGGAAUGGCUCCAGAGGAGAUUCAGAAGCAUUUGGCACCGUAG